UAGCAAACAGAACGGCGGAAGGAGGAGGGAAAUCGGGAGGCUCUAGACUUCACUCUUCAGUGAAUAGAUUGAAAGGAAGAGAAAAGGAGGGUCUAAUCGAGCAUCCGCCGCCGGUCGUAGGCGCCGCCUUCGGCUACCUAUCACUGCCGAUUGGAGAAGCUAUUGCUGGAUUUCAUGGUGUUCUGUGCUUCGAUGUGCGAGUUGUGAAUUAUCUCCCUCUUAAGCAUUUGCUGUUCGAGUAAGAAGCCGAGCUGUCGCUGUUCCGUUUAUUUGUGUUUGGUGCGAAAGCUUUGACGCACUAGUGUUUUCCCGGAAGCAAAGCUUGAAAAACCUUCGUACAUAAACCUAACUUUGGGAUAAUGGAGUGUGUGGUUCAAGGAAUAAUCGAGACUCAGCAUGUGGAGGCGCUAGAGAUACUUUUGCAGGGUCUUUGUGGAGUUCACAGAGAACGUUUAAGGGUCCAUGAGUUAUGCCUCAAAAGCGGUCCUAAUCUAGUGCACGCGGUUCCUUUUGUAGGACCGGUUGCUUCUGAAGUUCGGCUCUUGUGUGACCUUGAGCAUUCUGAACCCACUUGGACUGUGAAACAUAUUGGGGGUGCAAUGAGGGGAGCUGGUGCUGACCAGAUUUCUGUCCUUGUAAGGAGUAUGAUAGAGAGCAAAGCAAGCAAGAAUGUUCUUCGUUUGUUCUACGGUCUUGGUUACAAGCUGGAGAAUGAGCUACUAAGGGUUGGAUUUGCCUUCCACUUCCAAAGGGGUGCUCAAAUAACCGUUACAGUGUCGUCUAUUAAUAAGAUGCUGAAACUGCAUGCCACAGAUGAGGCUGUACCUGUAACCCCUGGCAUACAGCUUGUUGAAGUAACAGCCCCUGCAACACCAGAGAAUUAUUCUGAAGUAGUUGCUGCAGUCUCGUCCUUCUGUGAAUAUCUUGCGCCGCUUCUGCAUUUAUCAAAGCCAGGUAUCUCAACUGGGGUUGUUCCGACUGCUGCUGCUGCUGCAGCAUCACUAAUGUCUGAUGGUGGGGGCACAACCCUAUAGCCUACAAGGUAAAUGUGUCAAGAGUAAAAAGUUAAGAAGGUGGUUGUCGGUUCAAUCUUUUCAUAGCAACUGUGUCUGUAAAGUGGCUUUAUUGCACCCUUUCGAUGGAUUUGUUGCAGGUAUGCUCCUUUAUACAUGUUCCAUCCUGUAGUUAGUUAGGUUCUACAACCUUGAAAGGCAGUGAAAGUUUGAGACAAACACCAGUUCGUGUCUUCAUGUUUAUGGUGAAAUGUUAUCCAUAAGUUCAUCACUGAAUUUGUCGACGUGAUUCUUCUGAACUGUCCCUCCUGUUUUUUUCUUACUCCCCCUAGAAUUGCAAGUCUGUUGGUGAUGGACAUGAUGGUUAUAUAUAUAGUAAAAGGUGUGAGCAGUUAAGGUAAUGGCAGCAGCAUGGUGCUGAAAGGGUUGGGGAGAUGGGAGAGGGCCCUUGACCUUUGUAUUAGUUGCUGCAUUGAGACUGUCGCAACCUCUCCUAAAAUAGAAUCCGGGUUGAAAGAAAAGGCAUGGCUGCGUUCUAGCAUUGAACGUCAGCCUAGACUUGCUCCCAACAUUUCAUUUGUUCGUGUCCCAAUCUCUCUCAGCAAGUCGUUCGUUGUUGCCAUAUCUGACUGCUUUGAUCGACCCGUCAAUGCUGAUCCAUCAUCAACUUGACAUUCUUUUCGAUGUCUCUUUGCCUUAAUUAUUAGAUCUGUGAAGCCUGAAGGGUUGAUUUUCAAGCAUGGGCAAGACAAUUCGUUAAAUUGGUCUGUCUAUCUGUUGUCUGAAGAGAGGAAAUAUGAGAAGGUGAGUUUGGUGUCAAUGCCAGGGGCGGUUGACUCUGUUGAAUAGAUGACGUGCAAGGAAGCAAACCGAGUGUCAAAGCACAUGUUGGGUCCUUGGGACAAGAUUUGAUAAAUUAUAUAUAAUAGUUAAUUGAUAAUGGAAACUUUAAUGAAAAAGUUGUUUUUUAGGAAGUGUGUUGG